CAAAAAAAAAAGACCUCUCCUUUUUCUCAUUUCACUCGCCAACCACCUGCAGACGUCGACGGCUGGAGCUCGAAUCCAUGGCCGCCUCCAUCCCCAACACACUCUCUCGCCCGCCUCUCUCUUCAAUCCCUCCAUCGAAGAACCCUCUCAGUCUUCUCUCUCCCAAAUCCCUUCGCUUUCCUCGGAACCCUAGCUCCAAAUUCGCCACCGCAUCGAUGAGCAUCGAGGCCCCUCAGAAGUCGACCAAGCCCUCGUUCUUGGAUCGGAAGGAAUCCUCUUCGGUCCUCCGGUUCGUGAAGUACCACGGCCUCGGCAAUGAUUUCAUCAUGGUUGAUAACAGGGAGUCGAUGGAGCCUAAGGUUACCCCUCAGCAGGCAGCGAAGCUUUGCGAUCGCAAUUUUGGGGUUGGUGCUGAUGGGGUUAUUUUCGCGAUGCCGGGGACCAAUGGAACUGAUUAUACCAUGAGGAUUUUCAAUUCAGAUGGCAGUGAGCCUGAGAUGUGUGGCAAUGGAGUACGUUGCUUUGCUCGAUUCAUUGCUGAGCUUGAAAAUCUUGACGGGAUUCAAAGUUUCACCAUUCAUACUGGUGCUGGUCUGAUUGUUCCUGAAAUCCAGCCUUUAUCACGCACCUUUCAGGUAAAAGUAGAUAUGGGCGAGCCUGUGCUUGCAGCACCGAAAGUUCCUACGAAACUCCUAGCAAACAAUAAUGGAGCAGUUGUACAAGCUGAACUGCCUGUUGAUGGGUUAACAUGGAUGGUGACGUGUGUUAGCAUGGGAAAUCCUCAUUGCGUUACAUUUGGUCCAAAGAAUUCUGAGGCUCUGCAGGUUGAUGAUUUAAAGCUUGAUGUAGUUGGUCCAAAGUUUGAGCACCACGAAAUGUUUCCUUCACGAACAAAUACAGAAUUUGUUCAAGUAUUUUCUCGUUCGCACCUGAAAAUGCGUGUAUGGGAGCGUGGUGCAGGAGCAACUCUGGCCUGUGGAACGGGAGCAUGUGCAGUAGUAGUUGCCGCUGUUCUCGAGGGGCAGUCUGAAAGGACAUGUAUUGUUGAUUUACCUGGCGGGCCAUUGGAAAUUGAGUGGAGAGAGGAGGACAAUCAUGUCUACAUGACAGGUCCUGCAGAGGUUGUGUUUUACGGAUCUUUACCCCUUUAGUUCAGCAGCUUAUGGACUUGGUUCUAUUAGCUCAUCUCACAGGAGAAUGGUAAUUUUUUUCAUCUAAAUAUCAAUACCUGGACUAUGUAAAAUUGAUCUAUGAGCUGUCAAAGUUUGUGCACUGUAGUUGUCCUGCAUGUUCAAAUUGCAGUUGCUGAUCCAUUUGUUAAACAUGUAGGUGUGAUGUAAGAUCUGUUAAAUGUGGCAGAAACUUAAAUUUUUAUUGUCAAUGAUUGAGACUGUGAAUCCUAAUCUCAAAUUUUGCUGGACUGGAAGUCCGAUGA